UCCCGACCCCGACAUUGAUUGACAGUUGUGAUUGACAAAUGUUUUCUGAAAAUUGGUAAUCAAUUAUUUUUUUUUAAAAGUUCAAGCCCAUUUGGUAAAUUAUUUCUUUAAGACUCAGCUAAUUGAUUCAUAACUAUUGCUCUAUAUAACACGUGGGAGACGACACUACGAAACUUUAAGAACAGAUAACUGACAUGCAUUCUUUUCGGCCAUCCCUUAUUUUCAACCCCUAUUUGAAGUCCAUGCGUCCCUCUCGCCCAUUUGAAUAAUUGUUCUGUCGGAUUCGUAAACAUGGCGUUAUGUUUUUGGCGUCAGGAUUAAGAUCUUAUAGAUGAAAUGUAAAUAUAAGAAUAUUCUCCAGAGGAGAUAUUCCGACGAUAUACAGGAAGGUAAGGUAAAAAAACUGGCGAAGUUGUGUUAUAGUUUGUUGGGUGCUGAAAUAGGAUUGAAUGAAAAAUGGAUUGGAGGGAGGCGUCGGCUAGAUUUUAGUUGUGUUGUGACAUGCAGUCUGAGCCAAGCAGGUACAUACAUUCAGUAUCCGACUUACUCUACACUGCAGACGAAAUUGAGUACUUGCUUGACGACGACAUUAGAGAUCUGGAGCCUAAAAACUACAAGCCUGAAGAAAUUCAGGAUUUCGAGAUAGCGGGCAGCAGGACAGGCGCGUCCGUCGCCGGGGAGGGUCUCCUCGGCGACGGCAGCGGUCUGGGGGCCACUCCGAACGGCGGUGGUGGUGCGGGCGGCGAUUGCGCCCAGGGGACAGGAGGCUGCGCCGAAUGUGAGUCGCCCCUCGGUACCGUCAACUCCUGGGAUUCCCAUUCGCACUAUCGCCGCAACGCCCCCUCUCCAGACCUUUCGCUCUACGAGGGCGUUGUUGUCUACUGUGACCACUCACAUCUCAAGACGCCCACGGGGGCCUUUCGGCUGAUGCUACUGGUUACGACGGUAGCUUGUUUAGCAUGCCUCUGCACGUCUGGAACAGUGAAGCUGGGACUUUUCAUGCUUCCUCUUGUGGGAAGAAUAAGAUUGAUGUUGUUCGUCACCUUAAUUAGUAUGUUCGUAACAUGCCUUUUACUGUUUCUUGAUAUAUCCCACAUAGUUUACUUGUUUCCAUUUAACUGGGGCAAAGUGAACGCUUAUUUUUAUGUAAGCCUUAGUGUGUUGUUCCUGGUAGCUUCCUCGUUGAUCUUUCAUAUGAUAUUUAUAUCAGAGGCCUUUACUUGGGUCCCCAGAUGGACACAUCAUCAACUAUUAGUUACUGGGUGCCUGGGAUACGUGUGCUGCCUAGAGUCAGCGGUAAUCUGCUUAAUCCAAAAGUGCCGUAUCGGCCAGUACGAACCUGUGGAGGAGGACCUUAGCUUCCACUUACACGAGCGACAGACCUCGCCGAUGAGGAACUCUCCAGAUCACAAGGUCAAUCAAACAACGCACAACUACAAGCCUAUCGUGCCAGUAGCGUCGACAUCGAGGCAGGAGCCACAUCACUACCUAGACGACGUCCAACCGUGUUCUUCGAAAAGCGCAGAUCCUUACAGGGUGGUAUGAUAUAACGUGUCCGCAGACUUUCGUCGUCGUCAUCGUUAUUAUCGUUUAGAUAACCAACGAGACUUUUCUAGUCGUAGUAGAUUUCCUACACUUACUAGCAAGUACCUUCAGCAGGUCGUACGAUUCAUCGUUCACAUCUACGCGUUGUCGGCGUUGAACCUAUGAUGUACUUUGUAAUUUUAUAACAUUAGGCAUGAGCAAGUUUCCUUUGGUGAUAUUUUUUCAACAAAUAAAUUAUUUUUAUAGGUCACAAAGGAAUAAGAUUCUUUGUUCAAAUGGUGACGCAUCACCAAAUUAUCAAACUGGUAAUUGAAAAACGAGAAUCAUCUUGUUUCAACCUGUACUUCGAAAAAGGUAGUCGCACCGCACUAGCUAAAAAGUUAAUAUACCGUGUUUUAAAUUCGACUCUCACCAUUGGGAUCUCGGAAACGGUGACUGAUACGUAGUCGAUUGAGGGUGGAAAAGUUGCGCAUUUCGAAAAUGAAACUUAGAAACUUUUGCUAUUCCGAGUAUUCCCGGAGAUACACGAAUGAUCUGAAUAUUCCCAAAAUCGAUUUUAUUUUUCAUGACCUUAUUUGAGACAGGAGGUCAACAUAAAAUGUACAUUAACCUUGCCAAUUUUUCUCCUCUUAUAGGAUGGCAACAUGACGUUCUGUCUCUUGUUCUCAGUCAUCAACGUUAUUUUUUGUUAUAGACACCAUAUUUUAUUUUUACAUAGGUGAAUAGAAUUUUUAAUUCUGAUUCCAAAAAUAUAUAAUGUGCCAUACAGUACCAUUGCCAAACCUCAAUUAUUUAAAAAACAGAAUUUUCUAAGUAGGCCUUGAAAUUAUCAGAUGAUGGUCAUUUGUUUCAUGAUAUCAUCAGCCAAGCGCUCCUCCAGUUUUGAUGAACUAGGCAUAUUCCCGAUUUUAAUGAUGAGAUAUUGUACAUAUUAUGACAUGGAUUGGUAUGAAACUUCAAAUGUCUAAAGGAGUGCUCUUCUUAUAAUUGGUAUUAACUCAUCGAAUAAAGAACAACUUGAUGGAAAAACCUUUUAUAUUGUUUAACAAUAUUAUUUUAUGAUACCGUAAAACGGGGCUAGUUUGUACCACGUUAAGGAGUUUUUUUGAUAUAAUUAUUUAGUAAGCGAAGAUUUUGUGAAAUUAUUUUCAAGAAUGGUUUUAAUGUAUUCAUAUCAGUUCAGGGCACAGAUAGAUGCAAAUAAAAUAUUCUUAUUAGCUAUAUUCGAUAUUUUACUGAUUUUUGAAAAGUGGUGCAUAGUAUACCAAACAGGCGGGUUAUUUUGCACCAGCUCAAAAAUUAUCCUGUUACAUACAAGAAAAUAGGUUGGUGCAAAGAUAUUAUCAUUUAAAAUCAUUGUGGCACCUUCUACAACCAUGAGAAGCUGGAAAAAAAUAUUUUUUUCACCUGAAAGAUGAAAAAUAAGAUCAACACAAAUAUGGUAAAGAAGUUGUAUUUUAUAUGCAUAGAAUUGGAAAUGAAAAAAGAAAAAUGUCACCUAGGAUGAAUAAGAAACAAAAGAAAAAGUUAAUGUCUAUAUUACGGCAGUAUAUCUAUGUUGCUAGGUAUUGCUAUUUAACUCUUCCACUGAGAAAAUUGCUCUUUUGCAUAACAUUUUUGGGGGAUUUAUGUUGCCAAAAAUAUCCCAUGUAUAGAAGAGCACAUCUUUAUUUGCAGGCCACUUCCAAUUCUUGAGUGACUUAACGAUGGCACUCACGUAUGCUCCAUUCUCAUCCAAUUGUUCAAUGAUGCCUGGGUAGUAUUUGUUAUCAUACUGGACGACUACAAACGAAUCAAUCUGCUUUGCGAUGGGUUUCAGUUGUGCCCAAAAAGGAAUCUCAACUUCAGGCUGUGCACUUUCAUUUACCCCUUCCUUAGUUUUUUUCUAUAUGUCUCCCAGUCAUCAUCAUCUGAGGUAUCCUGCAGAAUAGGCUCUGUAUCAUCUUCUGACUCAUCAUCCUCAGCAUCAUGAUGAGAUCUGUGUUUUUCUGUUUUCUUUGAGGUUUUGAGCAUUCUUGGUCUCGUACCACUGGAGCCCGGUUGUGUGUUUUCCUUGUCAGAUUUUUGUUUGUCUUCAGUAGGCUGUGGUUGAUUGUCGUGCCCAGUUGACCCGUUUAACAGAAAUUCAUCAUGGGACAGACUUUUUCCCGCUGGCAAAGAAAUUUUCUUCUUUCUCGUAAUUUUCGGCUUCAUACUACAUGCAUCUCGAGUGGACUGUAAGACAUCCAAGAAGGCGGAACAGACAGCUGAAGGAUCUACCUGUUUAUGGGCUAUUCUGUCGAGUAAUGGUUGUAGUUGUUGUUCCAGAUUUUUCUUGAAGUUUGGCUCUAGGAUAUCAAGCACAUGCUUAAGUAAAGACGGAAAGCACUAUUGUGGUAAUACAGUACAGUUCAUGCCCUCAGAAGUUGCUUUCCACUGAAUUAAAACUUUUCUCCGCGCCACUUUCAUCGGGCGAAAAAAUGUAACGUCCAACGGUUGCGUGAGAUGAGUACUGUAAGGCGGCAAGCAGAUGAAAUGAAUAUCAACUUCCUUUACACUUCUUAAAAAUAGCUACAUUGAGGUGAGUUGACAAAUUGUCAGCUAUGACCACUUUUUUCCCGCCAGUUUCAUCCAAGUUCCAUAUGUUUUCAGCAGGUACGUCCUUCACAUCUGCCAAGUUAGUAAUGUAGUCGCGCACAGUUUUCUCAUCAACAGCAGCUCUGCUACGUUUAAUAUUCGAAGCGAAACGUUCUUUAAGCCUGGGAUAACGCAAUAAGAAUGAUUUGAUCCAGUCUCUCCCAAGAACAGUAUUUGAGAACUGCUUGACUGACCUGUCAAUUUUACUUAAGUACGAGGUAAUGACAGCAAUGAGGUCUUGAUGAGUAAGAGGAAAACCGUAGUCACUCAUAGCUUCUAUAUAAGAAACAAAAGUUUCCUCUUCCUCUCUGCAGAACACUGGCUGCUUACCCGGUAACUUGGUAUGUAUCUGCUUAAGUUUAUAAUUUAUUGUUUUCCUUGGUAUUUUGAAAUGUAAUGCAGCUUUUCGUUGAGUAAAGGUCCCAUUUAGCUGAUAGCUUCCAUUUCUCGUCGAGUUUUUCUUUAGUGUAAUCUGCAUAGUGACGAGAUCCUAACUUUCGCUUGUAGAUUCGCACCAUCCUGUAACAACACUAAGCAAUAUUACUUUAUGGACAUAAAAGGCAUAUAGAAAAGCAAAUCAUACAAUAUAAAUGAUCAACUUAUUUCACUAAACUAACAAACCAAAAGUAACCUAAAAACCUAAAUGGAUGGUAAAACGAUAAAUAUCAAAGUAAUUGACGUUUAACUGGUGUAGUUGGAAAAAUUUAUGGUGUUUCAAUGUAAAUAUACUACUCUUACCUUGCAAUAAACCAGCAUCUGUUGCGAAAAAUACCACUUUUCAUGAAGAACACUUUGCAAAGAAGUAUGACACGUGUACCAAAUGUUACCAAACGAAGAUCAACAUGUCGGAUAAAAUACUUAAUUUCAUACAGGUGGUGCCACAUAUCGGAAAAUACAAAAAUUAUUUACAAAGCAUGCGUGGUUCCUCCACUAGAUGGGUUUUAGUCUUUUUCCAUCUUGGGUGCAAAGUUACCCUCCAAGGUGCAAAGUAACCUCGUUUUACGGUACUGAUAAAAACACUGUAGAGUAACUAAAAUCAUCGACAAUGUUUCAGUUUCAAACUGAACAAAUUUUACGUCCGCUAUAUCUAAACCAGGGUUUCCCAACCUUUUUUUUUUGUUGAGGCUCCCCGGACUAUAAAUUGAGAUUGAGACACUUGAGAUUGCAUGUUCUGUACCAGUUGGUUGAUUCUAGGUUCUGUUUUUGCCAGAGCUAUCAUCAGGUCGCUAUCGACAUCAAGACGAUUUCGCUGUUUAGUUUUAAUUGAAACUAGAGCAGAACAGCCUGUCUCACAUAAGUAAGUUGAAGAAAAAGUAACUAGUUUUUGUAAAGCAAGAGAGGCAAGUGUCGAAUUAACAGGCAAUCUUUUGAUCCAAAAUUUCUCCAAUGUUAAAAGAUGGAAGGCAUCUUUUAUGGACGGAUCAACCUUCAUUUCUAGAAAUUCUUCCUGAACUUCUGGUAAUUGUGACACAUCGACAACAAAUGGAUUUCUUGUCAUGUGCCAUAUUGUUGACUCUGAUUUGAUAUCUGGAUAGUAUUGGCGAAAUUCGUCUUCCAGCGCUUGCAAAUGAGUUUUUAUGUCAGCUUUUAAAUUUGCGUCCAGUAUGUUAUUUUUAAUUACUUCGAAGAGCCGAGAAAAAGAUAUCACAAUUUCAGAAGACACUUUUUGAUUCCAAAGCUGAAGCUUUGAUAUCAACCCCUGAAUAUAAUCAUAAUUGCUUAUUAUAGUGUUGUUUCUGCCCUGAAGUUUCAAGUUUAACUCAUUCAAGGAGUCAAAUAUUUCAGUUAAAUAAGCCAACCUCCAUUGAAACGUGUCAUCUUUGAACAUUGUCAAGAAAUCUUGUUUUUCUUUGAACUCAAGAAAAAGAAUUACCUCUUCUUUCAUUUGAUAAAAGCGAGCCAACAUGUUGCCUUUGAUCAGCCAGCGUACUUCUGUAUGGAAUAGAAGAACUGAGAUCGUCGCAAAGUAAAGUAAAUAAUCGACUGUUCAAAGCGCUGCUCUUGAUGUAGUUUAUAAUCCUUAUAGCCGAGUCCAAAGUCUGGCGUAACUUCUGUGGCAAUGUUUUGGAAGCCAAAGCUUGUCGAUGAAUAACACAAUGUGUACUAACCAUUGCGGGAUUUUUUUCCUUGAGCUUUUUAGCUAAGCCCGAUCGUACACCUAUCAUUGCAGGUGCGCCAUCUGUGCAAAGUCCAAUGAGUUUCUUCGAAUACAAAUCAUUUUUUUCAACAAAAUUUGAUAUUGAAUUAAAUAUAUCUUCAGAUCUGUCCCUGAGAGCGAACAGGAGUUAAGUCCGAAAACACGAUUUUCCAGUAUCGCAAGACAUUCAUUCUAUCAUAUCAUCCAUAUGGCUAAUGGAAAUAUACUAUCAGCGUUAUAGUAGACAAAUAAAAUAGGAUUUUUACAAAUACAAAGCAAUAGUUUAUUGAUUUUUACAAAAUACACAAAAAUAAUGGACUUAACUCCGAGAAAUUAUGAGAUCAUAGGUCUUAAUUGUACUUAUACCUUUGUGACAUAUUCACACUGAACUUAAACUUCAUCUGCAUCCCUGUAAUUUUCACUGUCUUUGUAAAACUGAUAGAAUCUUGAGGGUACCCACUCAAGCAGGCUUAUUAAAUGUUUAUAUUUUUUUGUGGAGAUAGCUUUUGGACACUUUCUUAUGGGUGGCAGUAUUAGAUUACAAGCAUUCUGGUUAUGUCUCCGAUUAAAAUUCACCUCCUCGAACUCAGCCUCAGUAAAUUUUGUUUUGAAAAAUAGAUGUCCAGGCUGGUCUCUUUUUACUUGUAAAUGCACAGCUUCAGAAAUACGUAAAACAUCGCCGCUUUCAGAUUUUCUACAUCUGAUGAAAGCUGAAUUUUUGUCACUGUACAAGCUCUUCAGGUUUAAAAAAUCUUUAAGGCUCAUGUAAAUAACUGUGAAUUUUGGAG